AUGGCUAGUCCUGCUUCGGGAUACCGCCAGGCCCUGCCUUCUCCCCCACCAGCUUACCUCCGAUCAUCACCUCCAUUCACCCCAUCGAAAUCACCCCGGACCAUCCCAAACCAACCCCAGAGCUUGAACAUCAACCUCGCCCGCAAACCAAUCCAUACAUCGCACUCCGAAACCUCUCCCGUCCUUCAAAACUCACCACGCUCACCUGUCAAAAUCACACAUACUGCAGACAUCCCAAAUGCCUCCAGCGUGCGCAUCGAAGGCGCAUACAGUGGGCCCACCACGCCACAAUUGGAGCUCGGCGAGUUCGAAGACAUGUCGCUCGACGAUCCCGUACAGCCGCCUCAGCAAAGCUGGAAUCCUGCCAACCCCCCGAGGCGAGACUCACCACAGGCCCCGCAUUACACACACACGCAUCCAUACGGUCACACCCCAGCGAGCAGCGGCUCGUGGUCGGUGGUAGAGCCACAGAAAGAGGAUGAACAUGGAAACCCGAAAAAGAGCGCCUCCUCGUUAGAGCGCGAGGGUCAGAGCUAUAACGGCUCUUCGCGAGGAAGCUUGGAUAGCGCGGCGCAGGCGUCGGAUAGCUACGAGCCUUUGACCUACCACCACCAGCUACAGCCGGCUGCGGUACUUGCAAGGAAACCGGCACCAAAUGCUGGAGAUAACCCAUCCGCCUCGACGGAUAAGCUGGCCGUCAGGCGAUCAAGGCUUUCGCGGCCUCUUUCAGUAUACUCCUCGACCUCGGAGGGGGGUCACCGACGGAACCUUUCCGCAUCACCUUAUCUAAAUGCGCGAUCUUCAUCAGGAACCCCCGAAAAUAGGACUCUAUCAUUCCUCGAUCUGCUCAACACAUCAUACCCCCAGCCAGGCCCGUCAGCAGCGCAAUUUGACAACUCGCAUCUCAAAGCCUCAGUCGGAAACCACGCGUCUCUCCUUAGCCACAAAGAGACAUUCGAGAUGUACCUAGCGAACGUAAAGAAAACUGACGAGCCGACAGUGCUGUACGAAUUCGCCGUGUUCAUGGUAAACUCGAUGCGCGAGAUGCCAGCCGUGGACCUCGAAGAUUCCAGCCCAAUAACACGCGCCCGCCUACUCCGUGAAUCAAAAUCUAUCCUCCAACGCCUCGCAGACCGCAGCUACCCCUUCGCACAGUACUACCUCGGUGAUGGGUACGCGUCCGGCCUCUUCAAUAAAGGCGUCGAGGAUCACGAACGCUCCUUCCCGCUCUUCCUCGCAGCCAGCAAACACGGCCAUGUCGAAGCCUGCUACCGCACAGCGCUCUGCUACGAGUUUGGCUGGGGGUGCCGCGUCGACGGUAGCCGAGCAGUCCAGUUCUACCGCCAAGCAGCGUCGAAAAAUCACCCGGGCGCCAUGAUUCGCAUGGCACAUGCCUGUCUUGCUGGUGAUAUGGGGCUGGGCAAGCGGUACCGCGAGGGAGUCAAGUGGAUGAAGCGCGCGACCGAAUCCGCUGAUGCGCAGUAUAACUCCGGCCCGUACGAGCUCGGUGUGAUGCACGAGAGGGGCUUCGGUGAUGACGUCUUCGCUGAUGCUACUUAUGCAGCGCAGCUAUUUACCAAAUCUGCGGAGCUGGGCCAUGUCGAAGCUUGCUAUCGUCUUGGCGAUGCGUAUGAGCAUGGGAAAUUGAAUUGUCCGCGCGACCCGGCUCUUAGUAUCCAUUUCUACACCAAUGCUGCGCAAAACGGGCAUCCGGUCGCGAUGAUGGCGCUUUGCGCGUGGUAUCUCGUUGGCGCGGAGCCUAUGCUCGAGAAGGAUGAGAAUGAGGCAUAUGAGUGGGCUUUCCGAGCUGCGAACCUCGGCCUCGCCAAGGCCCAGUACGCUGUCGGCUACUUUACCGAAAUGGGCAUUGGUUGCCGUCGUGAUCCCCUCGAGUCGAAUGUGUGGUAUGUCAAGGCAGCGGACCAGGGCGAUGAGCGGGCCAAGCAUCGAAUCGCUACAAUCAGAGCUGCGGCAGAGGGUACACAUCCAGCCGUGGGUGGGCGCAAUGGGGCGACACGAAAUGGAGGCCGGCUGAAGAAAUCUGAGCGCAAGGACGAGAGCCCAAGUCAUGACCAGGGUGAGUGA